GCCAGAGCCGCCAUUUUGACUGAGCAACCAUAGUGACAGGAGCCGAAGCAGCAGCGCAGGUUGUCCCCGUUUCCCCUCCCCCUUCCCUUCUCCGGUUAACUACCCGGGUCCCCUACACUCCACAGUCCCGGUCCCGUCAUGUCCCAGAAUCUAGAAGAAGAGAACCCUGCGGAGGAGACCGGCGAGGAGAAGCAGGACACGCAAGAGAAAGAAGGUCUUCUCCCUGAGAGAGCUGAGGAGGCAAAGCUAAAGGCCAAAUAUCCAAGUCUAGGACAAAAACCUGGAGGCUCUGACUUCCUCAUGAAGAGACUUCAAAAAGGGCAAAAGUACUUUGACUCAGGAGACUACAACAUGGCCAAAGCCAAGAUGAAGAAUAAGCAGCUGCCAAGUGCAGGACCAGACAAGAACCUGGUGACUGGUGACCACAUCCCCACCCCACAGGAUCUGCCCCAGAGAAAGUCCUCACUCGUCACCAGCAAGCUUGCGGGUGGCCAAGUUGAAUGAUGCUGCCUGGGGCUCCGCCAGAUCCUGAGACGCUGCCCUCCUGGGUCCUGUGCUGGCUCCUGCCCCUCCCUGCUUUUGCAGCCAGGGGUCAGGAGGUGGCUUGGGCGUGGGCUGGAGAGGCAGAAGCCCCUGCCCAUUGGUGUCCCAGCACAUGGAGCCCCUUGGGCUGAGCACCAAGACCUUGAACCUUUUUUGUUUUACCUUUUUUUCCAAAUAACUGUUGAGAAAUCUCAAUGAAAUCUCAUGGGUGGGGUUGAGAGGGUGGGUGGGAGAUUUGGGAUUUACAGUUGAUAAAAACAUUCCUGACAAUCCUCCCUCUUAACCCAGUGGCUAAUGUGGGGGAGAUGUGAGGGGGAGGAAGUGGAGUAGACUAAUGAUAAGGGGUUCUAAUUCAGCUCUGUAGACAGAUGCCUAGUGUGGAUAAACAGGCUGUUGAUGUACACAGAGCAGAUAGGCCCUCUGGUUCUGCAGAGCAAGACUCAAUGUUAAUUGUUCAUUUAAAAAAAAAAAAAGUGCUUUCCUUGAAAUAGAUUUGCUAUGGAGAGAAGGGUAGUGAAUGUUGGGGAAAGGAGCCAUGAGUGUGGGGAGCCCCACUGAGCCCAAGGGACUUUUUCAGUGUUUGAAAUAAAAAACAACAAAAAAAGACCCAUGAAAAAACCUAACCCAGAAAUACUCUGAAGCAGUUGGUGUGUUUAUUGGGGUUUGGGAAGGGGAAGAAAACCAGUGUGAAAACACUGUUCAGGGGAAAAGCUGGUGGGUGUCCCUGAAUUUCUAAGGAACACAGAGACCUUUAAUAUGGGAUAUGGCUGGGCUGCCUGUUUCCAUCAUGUAGGAAAAGGGAGCAUUCCUUUGGCAUACAGACUUUUCUUAACCCCUAUACAUUUCUUAAGAUGCAUCAAACAAAUGUAAGGUAUUUGAUCCAAAUGGCUUGUUGACAUAAAGCUUAGUCUAGACUCAGCAAAAAAGGAAGCCUAUUCUUCCUUUUCCCUUUCAACUAUCUUUUCCUUUGCAAGUUCCCAUGCCUGUGAAGAAGAAAUGUGUACUAUUAGUAAUAAACCAAAAGAAUUUAA